GCACAAGUUGGGCCUCAGACAAGCGCAUCAGUACAGAAGCCACGGGCCCACAAGCGCAUCACUGAGUUCUUCCUCCUCCGGUUCGGCCAGAACGCAGCGCCUCGCCUCGUCCCUUCCCAGCCGCCGAGCCACCGCUACCGGUGCCGCGCCACCCAUCAUCCUUCCCCAAACCCACCGCAGGGGCGCGGGUGGUACAAGGGUCCCAGGGUUCGGUUCGCUGGGGCCGGCGCUCGACCUCCGGCUAGCCCCGACGGUAGUGGCUCCGGGUCGGUAAACCCUACUCUGCCCGAACCCGUCUCGAAGCCACCGACGUCGACUCCGAUGGCGUCCUUCCGGCCGCCGCCCACGCUUCCUCCAGAUACCCUGACUACCUCCCCCGCAUCUCCGCCGCCUCUGCAUCAGCAUCAGCAGCCGGGGUCCGCUCCGGCGGCGGCAACGCUGCUAGUGCGGCACCUCCCGGAGGCGAUCACUCAGGAGAUGCUCUCCCGCCUCUUCUCCCAUUACGGGGCCACGUCCGUCCGCCCCUGUGCCGGUGGAAAGUUGAGGAAUUGUGCAUUUGUAGAUUUUAGGAAUGAGGCAGCGGCCAAUCAAGCACAUUCUCUGUUGAACAGAUUGAGGUUCCUCGGGAGAGUGUUAAUAGUUGAGAGAGCAAACCAGCCAAAUGCAAAGAAUACGCAUGUGAUACAUCAGGAUCAAUUACCGCAUGUGGCUACCCAGGUAUCAAGUAUGAGUUCCCUUAAUCAGAAGAAUCCUACAUCGACGGCUGAACCAAUUGCACCUAAGCAUGGUGUGGACUAUCCAUUUCCUCCUCACCUUGAGUAUGCAUAUCCACUGCCAGAUGGAAACAUAUUGACAAAUAUUGUCAAUGCUCUCAUUGCAGUUCCACGAUUCUACACCCAGGUGUUGCAUUUGAUGAACAAGAUGAAUCUUCCGGCUCCAUUUCGGAUGGCAUUGCCAACUCCACCGCUACCAUCACAAGUGCCAGCUCCUCAUCCAUCGCCACCACCGCAACCUUCUACGACAGAGGAACUUCAUCAGGCUGAUUUGUCUAGUGAUGAGUCUGAGUUGGAAUCAUCUGAUGAAGAUGUUGACAAAUGGAAAAGUAAGCGUGCGAAGCAUGAAGCAAUUGUUGGUCCUGCAGUUGAUAAAAGCGUCGCUCAUGAAGCAGUUGGGUUGAAACCUGCUUCAUUAGUUUCUAAUGAACUUAAAGUGAUAAAAAAGAAAAACCCAGUACUUCAGAUCAAAAUUGCACCUAAGUCUACAUGGAAGGAAUCUCUUGUUCAAAGUACUACUGACAAGGAAUCUGCAUCAACAAAUGAACAACUUGAAGAAAAAUAUUUUGUCACACCUCAGGAAAUAGAGGAAGGGAAAUUACCACCAGAGGAGAUUUUGUCCCUUCCUAUGUUCAAGAAUUACACUCCAGGGAAUCCUGCCACUGUAUUAUACAUUAAGAACUUGGCAAAGGAUGUCAUUCAUGAUGACUUCUACUAUGUCUUUGGGUCUCUCUUCGAAAGCAUGGACAAUGCAAGAUCUGGUCUAAGUAUCAAGUUAAUGCAGGAGGGACGGAUGCGUGGCCAAGCCUUUGUGACAUUUCCCACGAUCGAACUUGCUCAAUGUGCACUGAAUCUUGUUCAUGGCUAUGUGUUCAAAGGCAAACCGAUGAUCAUACAAUUUGGUAGAAAUCCUGCUGCCAGCAAAGCUUCCUAGGAUGAGUUGCUUUUCUUCGUUCCAAAUUUUGACGCAUUUAGAAGUUGGUAGGGAUUGAAAAGUGGCGACCAGAGGUUGUGGGUAUCUGUUUCAGGUAUCUGCAGGCUGGAAUAUGUGUUUCACAAUUGGGUUGAGGUUGGUUUGAUUGAAUCUUUACAGAGUGUAAUUGGCUAAUUUCUUUACUUUUUCACUAGAUGUUUAGCAAGGAAGAACAUGGGUUGUUUCAGUUCACCUACCAUUAAAUGUGACUGCUGGUUGUGUUGUUCGGCUUUAGAAUUUUGUGGAGAUCUGAAAGAGAAUGCAAGGAUUGGGGACCUUUGGUUGCGUUGUUCAAUGUGUAACACUCCCCAUCAGCUGGUAAAAUUUCUGAGCUGAAAUGAUACAGUGGGGUGUUCUUAAGAAGGGUGAAGAGCUAGUGAUUCAGACAUGGUGCAGAUACAGGUUUUGCAGUGGUUCUGUUCUGUGGUCUGAAAACAAUCACAUCAGUGGGAAAAUAGGAGCUCAAUGUUUGUCA